AUGGCUGACCCUAUCUGCCCAGAUUCCCCAAUUCCUGGGUCGUGGGAUUUAUGGAUGGCCUCCUCCGAAGUGGACCAGAAAGCCCUGGGCAAUUUCGCGGCCGUCAUGGGUCUCGAAAACCCCCUGCUCUCGACGAUGCUCUACAAAGUUCUUGGCGUCUCUGUCAUGCUGUCAAAAAGGCUUCUUAGAGCCCGCAAACUGCGGCGCCUCGACACAACCCGUGAAACAAGAUCUCUCCAACUGUACCAUCACAUCAUCUGGCUCUCUCGCGAAGGCCUAUUACUACUGGAGGGCUACAUCCUUCCAAAGGUAGACAGGUUUGUGGAGCUAAAAGUCCUAGCCUACAAACUUCGCGCUUCCUUUUACCACAUCUUCGUCCUAUUCCACAAUCGCCCAAUCUUCAUCCCCGAAACUGAUGUACCAACCCGCCUCAAACAUGACUCUAUAUACGACGCCGACGCCCUAGCCGCUCUUGGUAUCUCAGACACUUACAAGUCCAAGAUGAAUAUGGCAUCCCCGCCACUAUCCCGACCCCCAGGCCUACCAGUCAUGCAGCCAGUGCAGCUGCCGCAGCUACCGCAGCCCAUCCCUUCCUUCCUCCUCCCUCCAUUAGAUUAUACAGCCACAGCAACGGCGUGCUUCAACCACGCAGCAAGCCUCUCCGACAAACUCUUACCAGGCUCACACCCUCUCCGCCUUUCCGUAAAGCUCGAAUACGCAGCUUAUCUAUACGACUGCCUUCAAGACCCCAUCGCCUGUUUUCAUCUCGCAAAACAGACCAUCGCAGACGUCUACAACUCCCAAGAAGGCAUGGACGACGAGAGCUUCAAAGACGCCGCAGAGAUUGUCAGCGUGCUGGGCAAGAUGGUUAGACGCGGUGGGAAAUCGAUUUCCGGUACUGGCACUCCAGGGAGCACUAUCUCCCACGGGGGUGUCUCACGCAGUCGUAGUAGUCGCUCGGCUCGCCAUCUGGGUAUCAGUGUGCCGGCUACUGAAUCUACGCCUGGAGAUGGAGCUCGUUUGGGAGUGACCCAGCCCGUUGUUCCUAAUGCUCCCAUGUUAAAUCGGAUGUGA